AACUGAAACGUCAAUAGUUUGAAGCAAUGCAGAGUAUAUUCUUGUGGAAUUGCAUAAAUUGCAUUUUUGCGCACUAUCGAUGGUAAGUGUAGUCAAUUCACAUGGUUCGCCCACUCGUUGUUAAUGUGAUAAUGUGAGAGUAAAUAAUCGUGCGAAUAUGUACAUAAAAAUGUGUUUAUAUUAGUUAUCAAGUUGAGACAAGAUACUCUGACACGUACAAAUGAUUGUAAUUCAUUACACGAUCUUUUUGGGCGUUACAAAACAGUGCCUUAUCAUGCGACACAAUUAGAAAGAUGCUAUGGCGUCCUCAGGAUCACAUAAUGGGGAUGCAGAUACCGAAAGUGAAAAGUUUGAAGGUUCAAGAAUUGAUCGACAUGGUUUCCUUCAAGAUUCCAAUUGUAGCUCUGACAGCCUUGGCAAACAAGGAAUACCACCAGAGGUAAUGCUACGAAGGGAGCGGAAAUGGAUACAGAUGUUAAACAAUUGGAGCUAUUUUAUGAAUACUAAUUAUCGUAAAGUCAGGGAAAGAUGUCGAAAAGGCAUUCCACCUUCUGUAAGGCUUCGAGCAUGGUUAAAUCUAUGUGGAGGACAAUUAUUAAUGGACACAAAUCCAAAUUUAUUUGAAGAGUUGGUAGAAAGAUCUGGUGAUCCAAAGUAUAUAGAUGAUAUUAAAAAGGACCUUCAUCGGCAAUUUCCUCACCAUAUAAUGUUUAUUGGGGAAGCCCCUGGACAGGAAGAACUAUUUAAAGUAUUGAAGGCAUACUCUAUUUUAAAUAGUAAAGUUGGUUAUUGUCAAGCUCAAGCACCUAUUGCAGCAUUUUUGCUGAUGCACAUGCCAGCAGUACAAGCAUUUUGGUGCCUUGUUGCAAUAUGUGACAAAUAUCUGAUUGGUUAUUAUAGUCAAGGAAUGGAAACAUUAUUACGUGAUGGGGAUAUUCUGUUUGCUCUUCUCAAAAGAGUAUCUCCUGUUGCUUACAAACAUCUGAAAAAACAAAAAAUGGAACCAAUUUUAUAUAUGACUGAAUGGUUCUUGUGUGUUUAUACGCGAACACUGCCAUGGGAAAGUAUUCUACGAGUGUGGGAUAUGUUUCUUUGUGAAGGUGUCAAAAUUAUCUUUAAAGUUGGGCUAGUUUUAUUAAAAGGUAGCUUGGGUCGCACAUCUCUUAUUAAACGUUGUCCAACAGUUUAUGAAACGCUUCAAGUAUUAAGAAAUCCUCCACAACACAUUAUGGAAGAAGAAACUUUAGUUUAUCAGAUCCGAAAAUUGAAUUUAACGGAAGAAGAUUUUGAAUAUGAGCACCAACGUCAAGUAUUAAAACGGAAAGCAGCCGAGCAAGCAUCUCUUUCCACUGCCAAUCGGACAGACUGAUGAAAAAAAAAAAAAAUAAAAAAAUAGAUAGCAUGUAAAACGAGUAAUGAGCUUACAGGUAUUACUCCAAAGUGUGCCUUCCUUUAUAUUCUUCAUAUUGUACAGAUUGUAAGAUUUAUAUAGCUCUACUUUUACAAAGCAUAGAAGUACAUAUAGUGACGUUUAAAAGGUACCUAACUUCUUUAUUACAAAUCUAGGUAUAUCUUGAAUGUAAUCACA